ACGCGCAGUAAGCCCUGCACUACCGCACUAGCCGCAGACGACCAUGGCUGCCCGGCAGGACUAUCUGCGCCUCUUCGCUCCGAGCGUCGGCGAUUACAUCGCCGUCCGCGUGGAAGACGGGGAGGACAAACUGGAGUACGCGGAGGAAGUGAACAGUCAGCAGCAGCAGGAGGCGAUGGCCGAGGGCAGUCCCCAGCAGCAGCAGCAGCAGCCGCAAGCGGCGGCGCAGGACGAGGAGGAGGCGGGCAGCGCAUGCGCCGUGGAGCAGGACUACCUGGCCCCGCCCCCCGCGCCGGCGGACGACGGGCCGGCCGCGGCGGCUGGGGGGGAGCCCAGUCCGGCCGAGCAGCAGCAGGCGCACGCCGCAGCCGCAGCCGAAGCCGCCGCCGCCGAGUACCAGUACUUGGACUGCGUGCGCGACCUCAGGGUGGUCUCGCAGGCGCGCGCCGACGACGACGAUGCCAUGCCGUACCACCACCCGCACACGCCCCGGCACCACCACCACCUGUCCCCGCCGCCCGCGCCUCAGCAGCAGCAGCAGCAGCACCAGCCGCAGCACCACUACCAGCUGGGCGCGCUCUUCUCGCCCGUGAAGGACUACGGCGAUUCGCGCCACCAGGACGACGUCUUCCGCUCGGUGUUCAAGCAGGAGGACCAGCAGCAGCCGCCUCAGCAGGAGUACCUGCCCGAGGAGUACCUGCGGCACGCGCACGCGCAGCACGAGGGCUCCGUGUCGUCGGCGGAGUCCCCGGACGUGUCGUCGCGCAACGGCGAGGCGGCGUCGCCCGUGGGCGAGCUGGACAAGUCGCGCUUUACGCACCUGACGACGCUGCAGCCGAGCGCCGCCGGCUCUCCGGAGGAGCGCCACGACCCGCAGAGGGACAUGUACGGCGCCGGCGCGGCCGCGGGCGCGCUCGAGCACCACGGUGCGGCCGCGCACCACCUGCACCACGGUUACCACCACCCGCACGACGUCGCCGUCAGCAACGCCACCUCCGUCCUCAUACACGCGCAGACCAGCCUCAACACCAGCCCGCUGUACUCUCGGAGCACACUGUACCCCAGCUCCAUGUCCUACCUCACCACCAGCGCCGCUGACGUCGGCCAGGCCGUCGCAACGUCGCCCAUGUGGACGCAAGCCGGGCUGGACGACUACAGCCUCAUCAACAAGGCUAGCCAGAUGGCGCCGUCGCUGCCGCCGUUCACGCAGCGGUUCAACUCUCUGGUGUCGAUGGGGAGCAACGGUGGGGGCGGCGGAGGCGGCGCCAGCAGCCCGGGGGCGGUGUCGGUGUCGUCGGCGGCGCACCUGUCGCACACGCGGCCCUCGCCCUACACGCCGUCGCCGGCGGCGGCGCCGACGCAGCCUGCCUCGGCGACGUCGAGCGCCGGGGGCGGCGCCGCGACGUUCGAGGCGUCGCUGUGGGGGUACGAGGCGUCGCCGCUGCAGCAAUACGGCGUGUCGCCGCUGGCCGCCUCCAGCCGCGCCAGGGCUGCCAACCCCUCGGCGCCCGCCGCGCCCUCGCCCUCGCCCCUGUCCGUGCCGGCGCUCACUGCCAUGAACGAUGCGGGGGAUUUCUACAAAGGCUUCUGUUCCCUAAACGGGGUCCCGCGGCACGCGUCUUUGGAAGAAAAGCCCGGCCGGCGCUUGUCUGCAUCGCGGCGUGUGGGGCUGUCGUGUUCCAACUGCCAGACGUCGACGACGUCGUUGUGGCGGCGUAACGCUACCGGGGAACCCGUCUGCAACGCUUGCGGCCUCUACUUCAAGCUGCACGGAGUGAACCGGCCGCUCGCCAUGAAGAAGGACAGCAUACAGACUCGGAAGCGGAAACCAAAGAGCUCCAGUUCCAAGGGCGACGGCGCUGGCGGGGGCGGUAACGGAGGCGGGGGCGGUAGCAGCACUCCGAGCGUCCUGUCCGCAGCAUCCGGCAUCGUGAAGAUGGAGCACCCAGACUCGUUCGUGUCCGGCGACGUGAGGUCCGUGGUGGGCGUCGGCGUCGGUGUGGGCGUGGGUGGACUGAACGGGGGCGGCGCGGGAGCGCUGUCUGGCUACUCCCUGUACGGCUCGCCGGCCGCCUACCACGCGACCCCUUCUGCCACCGCUGCUUUCUACGACACGUUCGCGCAACAACAGCAGCAGCAGCAACAACAGCAACAACAACAGCAGCAGCAACAUCAGCAGCAGCAGCACCACCACCACCAUCACCAACACCAACAGCAGCAGCAGCAGCAGCAGCAUCACCACCACCACCAUCACCAACAGCACCACCACCAACAGCACCAACCGCCCCCGCAGUCACCACGCCUCGAAUCCCCGGAGCGCUCGCCGCUGCUGGCGCCUGCGCAGUCGCCCGUCUCCGUCGCGCCGCACAUCGUCUCCCUACACAACAAUAACAAUAAUAAUAACAACGGUGGCGCCAGCGGCGCAACCAAGAUAUCUCAGGAAAACAUGGACCGCCCAUCGGUAGUUUCCAUGACUUCAUAGGCCUGCUGGUACAGCUGUGGUGAUGGAAACUGUAAUUUCGCCAGUGUGUGUUCUUUUGCGGCGGGCACGGUUGCAGGCUUCUGUCUUAAAAAGUCUCACUUAUCGUGACGUGUUAGACCGCUCCCUGUGCCUGCAUUUGUGCGACUUUGUUACGCUCUGUUGUAUCCUUGACACUUGGCAGUGAGCCCUCUCUCUUUUGUGUAGUUUUAAUGGCUGUCGUAAGGAAGUUAAUUCCCAUUCUUGCCUGUUUCCCGGUGGGCUGUGGACAAAUACGAGCGACGGUCUCAUGUCGUGAUCGAGGUACUUGGUAACAUUCCCCUCACGAAACGCUCUUGAUUUGCAUGAUCUCGUAGUCGCUGUACUGUGAUGUUGUAUGUAGAGCUUGUCACAUAGUCGACAGGCGUUCUGUGGAACUUGUCAGCAGGAUGCAACGUGUUGUUGCCCUCAAAGGAGCUAGUUUCACACUUACUUGUGGCACCUGUAAAAUGUUUCACUUGGUCCUUAAUUUUAAAAGAAGCACGUCAAAUGGUUGCCCCAACGAGACAAGUCCUUACCAAUUUCUUUUUAUCUUGUUACAAUAACUAACCAGUUACACCAAUUACCUACAAAAAUGAUUCCCGAAAAGUUUCAGUAAUGUGUGUAGCUAUAAUUUUCUAGUCAAUUUCCAUUACGAGAGGUGGUUUAACGGCCGAGAGACUGACGUUUUUUGAGUUCAGUACAUUUAACGGUAUGCCACUUGGUCGUUACCAGAAUUUAUAAAGUGCUACUCUUCUCCAGUACUAUGUAAUUUCGCCAAAAUAUAAUCAUUUUAAGUAAACGUAGAUGGAAACCGAGAUACUAACGAGGAGAUGUCAACUACUAAUGUGUUACUGCGGUAGCAGGAAUCUUGUUUUGACUGAUGAUUAACGUUAACUUGCGUAACAACAGUGGGCUGCAAUAUUUUCUCAGUUAAACGUCAUCGCCUGCAAAUUUUCAAUGGGCAAUGGCCCCUUUUCACUCUGAAUGUAUUUCUAGUGUGAAUGAGUCAGAGAAAUCAAAACGAUACAUCUCCUUUUCCUUCUUCACCCAUCUCAGUACAAGUCCUACUCAUACUACACACAAAUACAAACAACACCACAUCCUGUGUAUGCGUGUGCGUGCCUCUUUGUGCUCAUCACUGACUAGGUGUGCCUCUCUUUGUUUCCACUUCUAUUUGUGUGUCUCCCUCUUUGUAUUUCUUUCUAUUGAUGUGUGUGUUCUCCUUGUACUCUAUUGUGCUUAUCCCUCUCUCUAUCUCUAUCUCUCUAUCUGUCUCCCCUUCAUUGUACUCAUGUGUGCUCUUCUUUCUAACUCACUUCACAGCAGCUUCUGUUUCCUUUUAUCGAUAUCAGCAACAUCAAAUAUGUAAUGGAAGUAUGGAUGAAGAAAGGUUAACUCCAUUCUUUACUCAAGGGGAAGGGCAUCUAUGAUUUCUUCACUCACUUGGUUUGCAGGUAGUCAGUGAACGUUCUUGUGAAUGAGAACGUACAAGAAUUAAAUAGACGUCAUCGGAGAAUUGUUUAUGUAGUGCAGUUUCACCCAUAAUUUCUUUUUGUAGAUAGAUUCCAUUAUACAGAAUUAAAAUGAAGGCAACAGUACUUUUAGAGACAUUAUUAUUUCAUUCUGGUUUGUACUCCACAUUGAAGGUUAUUGUGUUUCUGUACUUGACAUACUGUGUUUUUCAUUUCAGCUAGAUAUUUCUUUUUCUUCUCAGUUUCUAGCAAUUUCGUGAAGUGCUUUAUAUUGUAAUGCUAGCUGCAACUUAAUAGAUAGCAAUGACACAACAGUCUGGGAAAUAUUGGAAUACAAAGCUUGAGUUUAUUGAAAAAGAUGUCUCAUUUUUAAAUGGAAAUUAAGGUGUUGUUUGUGGGCAGGUUUUCAAGCGUCAUACAACAUCACAGUGAAAAUACAGAAAUAGAAACUGAUUUAUGGAUGACUUCAAUUACCCACAAAAUGAAUUAAUUAGUCAUUUCAUUAAAUCAGUUAAUAAGUUUUGGUCCUAAGAUGCACUCUUGGUUUGAGCAUGUAGUAUCCUUAAUAAUAGAUGAGGAACAAAAUCUAACAUUAAAUAAAAUUUGAGAAAAUAUUUUGCAAACUUCUUUCAAUGAAGUUAUGCACCACAUAUGUACACUACAUGGCCAUUCCAGAAACAAAUGCAAUGGUUUGUUGCAGAAAUUAUGGACAUUGUGACGGUUUUGCAGUUGUCUGGAAUGGUAUCAUGAGUGGAACAUUAAUACACUGACCUGGCACGAACAUUAAUGGCCAGCAACGUAGACUGUCUCCUAGAAAAUGAUCUAAGAAUUGAUGAAUAUUGCAACAAGCAGGGAAAUUUAACAGACAUUUAAUAUUUGCCCUAUUAUUGAUCUGUUGUUCACAUUAUUCAUUUUUUGUUGUUAUUGUUAUGAUGAUUUUAGAGUAAAACAUAAAACAGACUGUAAAAUAGUGAUAAAUUUUUUUGCGUUGUUAUUGCUGAUUGUGUAAUAAGAAAGAUGAACAAGACAUGUUCUAGGGGGAUCGUUGGUUGAUAGAUAAGUGAUCUGAUUUUACUGAUGUUUGUCUGUGGCAAACCUGCAGCAAAAACUUUUUAAAAAUAGUGUUAAGUUGCUCAUUCUGUCUAUUUGUAAUUUUUUUGUAGAUUAGAACCAUUUUUGCACACGUCACAGUUUACUGCAUUGGCAACUCGUACGUUACUGUAAUUAUUCUUAUAACUUUACAGCUGAGUGAUUUAUUCUAGUUUUUUCUUUUUAUGUGGUGAUAAAAUUUUAGUCUUGAUCAUGAAUUAUCUACUAUGCAGACUGUAUCUCACAAUAAAUAAUAAAACCUGUUUCCUGA